AUGGAAGAUGCAAAGCAAUUACAUCGUCGUCUACUCAAGUUUACGCGAGGUGAUGUAACAGAUGAGGGUGAUGUACUGGAUAUCUUACGUACCUUGGAAAAAUCCGCCGUGACCUAUACGAUCCUAAAGGAAACUAAAAUAGGACAUACAGUUGGUAAAUUGCGGAAGCACGAGAAUGAGAAAAUUGCAAAUUUAGCACGAUUGCUCGUCAAGUCAUGGAAAAAUAUGGCGUUAUCUCCUCGAGCUACACCUGAACCAGAACGUAAACCAUCCAGCAGUACUGUACAGGCAUCUCUUAAGGCUAGAAUUUCGGGCUCAAAUGGAGUGAAGACGGCGCCUAAGCCUGAAGCGGUGAAACUAAGCUCGUCAUCUUUCAUUCCUGCUGGGUUGGACAAGGUACGAGCUACUGUGCGUACAAAACUGAAAGAGAUUUUAGAAAUUUCAGAAGGUGGUGAUCCAGGCCAAGUGGCGGCUGCUAUUGAAGUAGCAAUGGCUCAAGCGUACCAUAUGGGAGCACCAGGAGAGCAAAAGAAGGAGUACAUGGCCAAGUACCGCCAAUUAUCGUUCAAUCUGAAGAAGAAUAGUGAAUUACGACAAAAUUUGCUGGAUGACAGUGUGAGUGGUGAUCAGUUGGUCAAGAUGACAGCCGAAGAACUAGCAACGGAGGAGAAACGAGCACAGAUUGAGAAGCUGCGAGAUGAUGCAUUCCAGGAAGCACGUCUGGACUGGGCAGAAGCUAAUCACGAAAAGAUUCAAAAGCAGACGGGUACAGAAGGUACCAAGGGGCUGUUUACUUGUGGACGUUGCAAGUCGUCCAAAACUAGUAACACACAGAAGCAGACACGCAGUGCUGAUGAACCGAUGACGGUGUUUGUCAUGUGCCAUAACUGCGGCAACCGAUGGAAAUGCUAG